CAAAGAAAAAAUAACCCUCUUUAACGGGCAACUGCGUGAACACACUCUCCCUCCCACCCCAGCCGAUGUCGUCUAGCUGGAGACCCAUUCUCUUGCGUGGCACAAGUCUGGUAUUUUCUUUCAGCUCCCGGCUGACGGCAGAGUCCGAGCAGAGAAGCUGGAAAAUUGUUUUUUAAAACGACUUCUCCUUGCGAGCUGGGACUGCUCCAUAGCCUGUGCUGGCUGAAUGGCAUAAGAAAAGGGGUUUUCAUUCAUUUUCAACUCUCAGCCACCACCCCUGUGGAUCUAGACGUGUUUUCUGACCCCCCACCCCUCCUCAUGCAGUCAUUCUCACGGGGGAUUCUCGUGUAUGACACUGGCGAUAAUUUAUUGUGGUGGUAAAAGCUACUGGUAUUUAAAAAAAACAAAAACAAAAAACAAACAUUAAGACGAGGUUGUUUUUCUUUUUUUUUUAUUAACACAACCAGGCCUGAACGCACUGGAGGCGUGCUGCUGUUUUCAAGAGAUGGAGAAUGAAGAUGGGGAUUACCAUCAUUUAUCCAGGAAAAUCACUGGCCUGUGUGCCAUACCAGCAAAAGUAUCCAGUGAUUGGCAAAAAUAGCAGAUUGUUCUGUUUUUUUUUUUUUUUUUAAAUAAAAGGAAUUCCCUGCCCCAGUAAGUUAAAACAAACCCAGAUAGAAGAGUAACCACGCAUCUACAGGCUGCCAAAGAGUAGCCUUUGAGGUUACAACCAUUUUUUGUUAUUUUUUUAAUGUACAAGCUCUCAUUUGAAGAGCUGAUGUGUACAACUCUGUUUUACUUCGGUUUCAUACUGACAUUUUUGUUAUUUUUAAGAAGAUAAUGAUCAGGAACGUGAGAUUCGUAACAUCGAUGGGCACCCUGACCUUGUUCUGGGGUCUGAUGCUCUCUUUCUCCACUAUCUGCAUACGGUCCACACACGGAGAGAUCUGUAGCCCGAGUAUCGACAUCCGAAAUGACAUAAGUGAAUUCAAGAGAUUGGAGAACUGCACGGUGGUGGAAGGCUACCUGCAGAUUCUACUAAUAAACGACAAGACCAGCAACAUCCACCAGGAGGUAUUCCGCUCCCUCAGCUUCCCCAAGUUGACCGUCAUCACCGACUACCUGCUGUUGUUUCGCGUCUCAGGCUUGGAUAGCCUCAGCGUGCUUUUCCCAAACCUGAAUGUCAUCCGUGGACGCAUGCUCUUCUACAACUAUGCCUUGGUGGUCUAUGAGAUGACCAGUCUGAAGGACAUUGGCUUGUACAACUUGAGGAACAUCACCCGUGGAGCCAUACGAAUUGAAAAGAACCCGGAGCUCUGCUACCUGGACUCGGUGGACUGGUCUCUAAUUAUGGAUGCUGAAGUCAAUAAUGUUAUCAAUGGGAACAAGCAGGCAAAGGAGUGCAGUAACGUCUGCCCUGGCAUCAUGGAGGAUAGCCCUCUUUGUCAGAGGACGUCCUUCAAUAAAAACGACGACUACCGCUGCUGGACCUCCAAUCAGUGCCAGAAAGUAUGUCCAGAUCACUGCAAGCUUGCCUGUACAGACAAGGGGGAGUGCUGCCACAGCCAGUGCCUGGGCAGCUGCACCGAACCCAACAACGACAUGACCUGCUCUGCCUGUCUCCACUACUUCCAUGAGGGUCGGUGUGUCCCGGAUUGUCCCCCGGAUACUUACAAGUUUGAAGGCUGGCGCUGCAUCACCAAGGAACUGUGCUCCCAUGUGCAUCUGUCCAGUGACACACACUUUGUCCUCCAUGGAGGGGAAUGUAUGCCCGACUGUCCCUCUGGUUUCAUGCGCAAUGAGACUAAUCUUAUGGAGUGCAGUGCUUGCAAUGGCCUGUGCGACAAAGUCUGUAUGUCCCCGAUCAUUGACUCUGUGGAUGCUGCUCAGUCCCUGGAGGACUGCACUGUCAUUGAAGGCAAUUUGGACAUCAACAUUCGGCGUGGAAAUAACAUAGCCUCUGAGCUGGAGAGCUUCAUGGGAUUGAUCCAGACAGUGACGGGAUAUGUGAGGAUUCGACACUCCCACGCACUUGGCUCACUGUCCUUCCUCAAGAGCCUCCGUUACAUCAAUGGGCGGGAACUCAAUGAAAAAAUGUAUUCGUUCGUAGUUGUCAACAACCAGAAUCUGCAAAUUCUGUGGGACUGGAGUCAGCACAACCUGACUGUUCGGGCUGGACGCCUCUUCUUCCGACAGAACCCUAAACUUUGCAUGUCUGAGAUCCACAAGAUGUGGGCAAAAUCAGGCAUAACUGUAAAGCCAGAGGAGGGUGAUUUCCGCAACAAUGGUGAAAGAGCCAGCUGUGAAAGUCAUAUCUUGAAGUUCAGGUCUAACAUCACAUCAAGCUACACAAUCGAGCUGACAUGGGAACGCUACGAGCCUCCGGAACAUGGAGAUCUUAUUAGCUUCAUAGUCUACUAUAAGGAAUCACCUUUCCAGAACAUCACAGAGUUUGAUGGCCAGGAUGGUUGUGGCUCAAACAGCUGGCACAUGGUGGAUGUAGAUCUUCCUCAAGAUAAAAACGCUGAUCCAAAGGCUUUCCUCCAACAUCUCAAGCCUUGGACCCAGUAUGCUAUUUUUGUGAAGGCUACUACCCUGCAGGUGGAUAAACAUGUCAGUGGGGCAAAGAGCGAUAUUGUUUACAUUCGCACACGCCCAUCAUUGCCAUCGGUACCCAAAGAUGCCCAUGCAUAUGCCAACUCUUCAACAAAGCUGGUGGUUAAGUGGUCACCUCCAGUCUCUCCCAAUGGCAAUCUGACUUACUACUUGGUGCGUUGGCAACAACAGCCUGAAGACAGGGAGCUCUACCAACACAACUACUGCUCCAAGGAGCUGAAAAUCCCCAUCCGCCUCCCAGCGACAGAGCUCACAGACAUGGAAAACGGCACAAAGCCCACCAAGUCGGACUUGGCGGGGGCAGAGAAGGGCCCUUGCUGUGCUUGCCAGAAGACACCUGAAGAGAAAGACAGGGAGAAAGAUGACCGUGUCUUCUUAAAAGUUUUUGAGAACUUCCUCCACAAUGCCAUCUUUCUGCCGAGACCUCCAGACCGUCGGCGCAGAGACAUUUUUGGUGUUGCAAACAACACUCUGUUCCUAGAAGGUGAUCAGGGGAAUACCUCUCUUGGGUCUGGAGACAACAGUACAGAUGGCAUUCCCCCUGUCAUAGAGUACCCAUUUGUGGAGGAUAAGAGUUUUGCAGAAUACUUUGAGAUCCCCAGUCUGCGGCCAUUCACUGUCUACAGUAUUGACAUCCAUGCCUGCAAUGAGGAGGUGGGCCACUGCAGCGCGGGAGCUUUUGUCUUUGCCAGGACCAAACCUGCAGCCAAAGCAGAUGAUAUCCUUGGAAAGGUUGUCUUUGAGAGGAGUGAUAAGGUUGAUGGGAGUGUGGUGCUGCACUGGCAGGAGCCUGUCAUGCCCAAUGGACUUAUCCUGAUGUAUGAGAUCAAGUAUCGCCUGGGAAGUGAGCCUGAGAAACACAGGUGUGUGUCACGACAUCAGUACCGUGAAGACAAGGGAGCUCGCCUGACCAACCUUAGCUCAGGAAACUACUCUGCUCGUGUACGCGCAACGUCUCUGGCAGGAAACGGCUCCUGGACGGAGAGCAUCUCCUUCUACGUGCCACCCCCGAAACGAGAUGACGGUGUUACAAUCUACUUGAUCAUCAUAAUUCCCAUCAUUGUGACGCUUUUUAUCGCCAGCCUCACCACCAUUUUCUUCUUCAUUAACAAAAAGAGGAACAGCAACAGACUUGGGAAUGGAGUCCUUUAUGCAUCUGUCAACCCAGAGUACAUCAGUGCCGCUGAGAUGUAUACUCCGGAUGAGUGGGAGGUGGCCAGAGAGAAGAUCACCAUGCACAGGGAACUGGGUCAGGGCUCCUUCGGCAUGGUGUAUGAAGGCAUCGCCAAGGGUGUCAUCAAGGACGAACCAGAGACACGAGUGGCCAUCAAGACGGUCAACGAGUCGGCUAGCUUGAGGGAGCGGAUUGAGUUUUUGAACGAGGCGUCUGUCAUGAAAGAGUUUAACUGUCAUCAUGUGGUGCGGCUGCUGGGCGUGGUCUCUCAGGGACAACCAACUUUGGUGAUUAUGGAGCUGAUGACUCGUGGAGAUCUCAAGAGCCACCUGCGCUCUCUGCGCAAAGAAAACACCACCAGUCAGGUCCUACCCCCUCUCAAAAAGAUGAUCCAGAUGGCGGGGGAGAUUGCUGAUGGUAUGGCUUACUUAAAUGCCAACAAAUUUGUCCAUAGAGACCUGGCUGCCAGGAACUGCAUGGUAGCAGAGGACUUCACUGUGAAGAUUGGAGAUUUUGGCAUGACCAGAGAUAUUUAUGAGACGGAUUACUACCGAAAAGGAGGGAAGGGCCUGCUGCCUGUUCGCUGGAUGUCUCCGGAGUCACUAAAAGAUGGCGUGUUCACUACAAUGUCUGAUGUCUGGUCAUUUGGAGUUGUGUUGUGGGAGAUCGCUACCUUAGCAGAGCAGCCUUAUCAGGGCAUGUCCAAUGAACAAGUACUGCGCUUUGUGAUGGAAGGAGGACUCCUGGACAAACCUGACAACUGCCCUGACAUGCUGUUUGAGCUGAUGAGGAUGUGCUGGCAGUAUAACCCUAAGAUGCGUCCGUCCUUCCUGGAGAUAAUCAGCAGCAUCAAAGAAGAACUGGAUCCUAACUUCAGGGAAAUGAGCUUCUUCUACAGCGAGGAGAACAAGCCGCCAGAUACAGAGGAGCUGGAUAUGGAAGUGGAAAACAUGGAGAACAUCCCACUGGACCCCGUAUCCACCAGGCAGCCAUCUGCUGCUGUUCUUCCCUCGUCUGGGUGCACAGGAGGCACGUCGCCACCUUCUACCCAGCAUCUAUCCCCCAUGCAAGGCCCCAGCACUCCACUACUUGGACCUGUGUCUCUCUCAACCCCAGGCCAAGUAGCCUCAGCUGUGGCGUCUCCAGGACAAGCCUUGGACAAGCACUCAGGACAUAUUUCAGCCAAUGGGCCCGUGGUGGUGCUACGGCCUAACUUUGAUGAGAUGCAGCCAUAUGCACACAUGAAUGGGGGCAGAAAGAAUGAACGGGCACUACCACUGCCCCAGUCAUCGGCCUGCUGAUAUCAGUCCAUCCCCAUCUUUUCCUCACACACAGGGUAACUCAAGCCUCUCUCAGUCUCUUAAAGAGGUUAUGAGUGAGGUAAGAAAAUUACUUUGUUUUACUGUGUGCCAGUAGAUGGUCUCUCCUCAACUUUAAGGUCAAACACAAACUCUAAAAACUGUAAAACAGCACAGAAACCUGCUAAAGCAUUUGGAGUUUGGUGGCUCAGACACACUGGGGGACUUCUCCCUGUGCAGCCUGUAUUUCAAUCUUUGUUACAAACAAUUCCUUCAAGAAGGAAAACUACACAGGCAUGUAAUCUUGACAUACAGACUUACACAUGAACUUUAAGAAGAUCUUUUUUUUAGCAUAUCUGCCAGCAAAACCAACAGAAGAGCACUUUUCCUGAAAAUUUAAGAGAGGAUGUGACGGAUAUUUGAGUGUGUAUUUAUACGAACACAUCAUUCUCUCUACAAUAUGGUAUAGCUCUAUUUCUAUAAUGACUUUCCAUCAAAAUGAAUUUCUUCCCAUGAGCAAACUGGCUCAUGUUGCGUGAGGAUGCCUCAGUUAGAAAGUUUGUACUAAGAUCAAUGUUUCAUUUAAUAGUAAUAUUUCUAUCAGAUGCUGUCAGGUGUGGGUCAAAAAUGGUAGAGGGCCUAUUUUAUAUCUGCCAAACUAUUGCCAAAUCAAGCUCUUUCCUUCAUUUCAUGAAGUUUUCCUUUUUUUUUUUUUUUUUUUUUGUUAAAGGCUGUGAUUCAGGGUUGUGAUGAGUCUGCAAUCAUACCAAAAUUAUUUGGUUGUUUCAGACUUACUGCGUAGUAACUGGCAUGUCCUUUCACAACUGCAGGUUUUACCAAAAUAUGCCAUAUCUGCACAUGGCGUGGAAUCAAUUAUUUGAGGAAGCAACUUAAAAUUUUGGAAGGAGUAAAGUCAUCUCUGAAGCACAAACUUGUUAAAGAAUGCUUUAUGUUAGAUUGGAAAUCUAACAAAAGGUUUUCAGGUUUCCAAUUCAAAGUAGUUCUUAUUAUCAGCUUGGAUUCUGACAUAAAUUAUAAAAACAGAUGUUUGUUAAAUGUAAGUGACCCUUACAAAUCCAUGUUUGUGGUGUAAGCCACAAGUUGUCUGUGUACUGUGUACAUACUGUACAUUAUAUAUAAAAAGAGACACAUAGUUGUAGAUUUUACUUAAACUAUUUAAACCUUAUCAGGGGCUGAUAUACUGAAGUUACAUGGGAUCUUUUUUUUUUUUUAAGAUCAGAAAUAAUUAGUCGAUAGUGGACAUAAGUGUCCCCUUCAUGACAUUGUGUCAGAAAACUCUGAAUCACAGCCUUGGUCCAUCUUUUUAGUUUUUUUUGUUGUUGUUGUUGUUUUGUUUUGUAAAAAAGAGAAAGAAAAAAAAAUGUCACAAGUCUCACACUGCUACUCACAGAACAUCACAAUCUGGCAAUACACCCCCCCCCCCCCCCUCUCUCUCUCUCUCUCCUUGUCUCACACAUACAUGUUUUUCUUUCAGACAUUUUUAUGAGUGUGUAUGUUGUAUGGGGGGUGAACAGUGUUCACUGAUACAUAUUCAGUGGAACCAAAAACACCGCAACAAACAGGAGAUAAAAUAAAAAGCUGUUAAAUCACACUUUAGUAGCCUAGAGACAACUUGUAAGUCAAAGGAGGUCUCUUCUAGAGUAGUCAUUGUUUUUCAAACACAUAUAAAAGGUCUUACAGUUGUAUUUUUGACUGCAGGAUCAUUUUUAUACACAUCAUUGGUUUUUUGUCACUUUUUUUAAAAACCUUUUUACGGUUAAAAAUGUUAGCCUCUAUGUCUGUAUAAAACAAAGCUGCUAUUUCAUUCUGUUUCUUUUUUGGACACACACACGCCAUAUAUAUAUAUAUAUAU